AUGACUGACCUAGGCAACGUAGCAACUUACCUCACCCCGCCGAAUCAGUCGUCGUCCCCGACACGCAAGCAAUCGGUGAGCUCGCUACACGAUAGGGCAGCGAUGGCUUCCUCGUUGUCGCCCGACCAGUAUGGAAAGCAGCCGUCGCAGGGACAGUAUGGCGGCGGCGGCUCCGGCUCUGACCAGGAGAGGGGGCCUUUGAGCUCUCUGAAUCUCGGCUUCCUCAAGUCCUUGACGGAAAAGAGGACCACGCGAGACGGCCAACCGCCCAAGAGAAGAGGACCAAAGCCCGACAGCAAGCCUGCUCUGACCCGGCGGCAGGAAUUGAACCGCCAGGCGCAACGCACGCACCGUGAAAGAAAAGAGCUGUACAUCAAGGCUCUCGAAGACGAGGUGCUACGACUGAAGGAGAUCUUCAGCAACAUAUCCCAAGACAAGGACAAGAUAGCCGAGGAGAACCGGCAGCUCAAGCAGCUCCUUGUCCAGAACGGCAUCCCGCUGUCCCACUACGGCGACGACAUGGUCAGCAAUCUUAGCGUGGGCUAUACGUCCAGCGCCAGCCAGUCGGGCAACAGCUACGGCCAAAACGCCUACACGCCGCCCUUGACAUCCACGACAGCGCCGUCGGUGUCGCCUUCGUCUCACGGUCCGUCUCACUCCCACUCACACGGUCCGCCCCUCCCCUUCCCCAGAUGGGGAGCCAGCAGCUGCAGAACAGACAACAAGGACAGAGUUCUGGCAGAGGUGUGGACUUUGAGCAGGCGGGCAUUGACUUCGUCUUAA